UUCUGUUUCUGUGCUUCUGUCUGCUCUCUGCAGGAACAAAUUUCCAAAAAUCUCUAAAAUGGGUGUGUGUUGUGUUUGUUGAAGUGUUUAUUUAUUAACUGUCGUGAUUAGGCGUUUGUUGACAAGGAUGUGUUGGAGCUUUUGAUAUAGUCUACAAUAUUUAACAAGAAGGAACCGAGGAGAUGGCAGCCCGGCCCGACCUAUAGCAGUGACAGUGACUGUGCGUGUAGUGGUGUGUCGCGUAGUGUAAAGUGUGAUAUGUGUGUGCGGACCUGACUGUGAUAUGAUCUCGACCCGACACGUUCUCUGAUACAACUGAAAAGUGAGGAUGGCGAUGAUGAACGACUCUUCGCUGAGUCACUCGCGAGCGUCGUCAUGCUCCAAGCUGCCGCACUCACACUCUACCCCUGUAGGGGUGGACGGAGGCGUGGUCGGCUGUAGUCGGACGCCUCCCACCACACCUAAGAAGGGAGGCAAGAUGUUGGCCAUCCGGGUACAGAUGUUGGACGACUCCGUCACCAUGUUCCAAGUGCAGGCGAAGGCCGUUGGUAGAGUGUUGUUUGACCAAGUCUGCAAACAACUACAUCUACUGGAGGCUGAUUACUUUGGGCUGGAGUAUCAGGACCCUACUGGAACUAGGUAUUGGCUGGACCUGGAGAAGCCUCUGGCCAGACAGGUAGGCCUCACGUUGGUCGACCCUUUGCUGCAGUUCUGUGUCAAGUUUUACACACCAGACCCGGCCCAGCUGGAGGAAGAGUUCACCAGGUACCUGUUCUGUCUUCAGAUCAAACGAGACCUAGCGCAAGGUCACAUACAGUGUAACGAGAACACUGCCGCACUCAUGGCGUCUUAUAUUGUACAGGCCGAGUGUGGUGACUUUGUAGCCGAAGAUUAUCCAGACCCUUCGUAUCUCUCCACGUACAAAUUUGUGCCGCACCAAGACCGCGACCUUGAGAGGCGGAUCAUGGAGAACCACAAGAAACAUGCUGGCCAGUCACCUGCAGAAGCGGACCUAAAUCUUCUAGAAACUGCUCGUAGAUGUGAACUGUACGGCAUGAAAAUGCAUGCUGCUAAGGACCACGAAGGUGUGCCUCUAAACCUGUCAGUAGCCCACAUGGGCCUCGUUGUCUUCCAGAACUACACCAAGAUCAACACCUUCUCCUGGGCGAAAAUCAGGAAAAUCAGCUUCAAACGGAAGCGGUUUCUGAUCAAACUGCAUCCGGAGGGAUAUGGUUACUACAAAGACACAGUCGAAUUUUUCUUCGAGGGACGAAACGAAUGUAAGAACUUCUGGAAGAAAUGUGUCGAAAAUCACGGCUUCUUCCGCUGUUCUUCCGUUAAGAAAGUGCCGAGACAGAGAACGAGAGUUUUGAGUCGAGGUUCAUCCUUUAGGUAUAGCGGCAAGACGCAAAAGCAGAUCGUAGAGUUUGUCAGAGAGAACUACGUCAAGAGACAGACAUUCCAAAGGUCUCAAUCAUUCCGGCACUCUUCUUCAGUUCACUCGUCAGUGGCUACAAACGUAGGGGGGAGUAUUUCAGCCCACCCCCUCCUACCCCUAGGAGACAGUUCCAUCGUGUCCCUGUCAUGCGGCUCGAUGAGUCUAGCGGGGGUGGGCCCGGCGGGUUCUCAGAGCCCGAUUGUUCGCCGCCAGCAACAGACGACCAAUCAACAGACGACGACAGCGAUUGCGGAGCGUACAGCUAUCGACAGCCGCGCUACGUUUACACCAGAGCCGCCGGGCAGUGUAAUCAGUGUGGGCAGCGGGGAUGAGAGAAGCAGUCCAGCGCCUCCUGUAGUGACGCAAGUCAUCACACACAACGUACGAGAGAACAACAACAUCGUCUCGUCCACACCGACUCACAAGACCAACGGAACACUCAACAAUUACAACGAGGUGUCGCUAACUCCAGAUCUCAGCCCGCUCAAGAGUAUCAAGGACGAACUCAACAAGGGAAGCGGAGAUUUGGUCGACGGAGAAGUCAAGAAGAAGCGAAACACUUCAGACAAAGCUUAUUUCAUUGCCAAAGAAAUCCUCAUGACUGAGAGAACAUAUCGCAAGGACUUGGAAGUCAUUAAUUUGUGGUGGAGAGAUGAGGUGUGUAAGGAGGAGUGUCCGUCAUGUGUGGACACGUUGCUCAACCUGCUAGACCCUCUACAUGACGCUCAUUGUCUCAUACUACGCGAUGUAGAGCUACGACUCGCCAGCUGGGAGACCCGCAACUCUCAACAACAGCGCAUCUCAGACAUAUUGUUACGAUCCUGCGACUACUUGCCGUUGUACGAGAACUACAUAGACAGGCAUCUAGAAGUACUGGAGCAACUAGACGUUGAGUUCAGAACCAACCCCAAGUUUGAACAAGUCUACCGAGACUUUGAGAGUCAGAAGAUCUGCUACUUGCCGCUCACUGCGUUUGUUCUCAAACCCCUUCAUCGGAUCUUCCAUUACACCAACCUCCUCGACCGACUUCUGAAGCAUUACACCAAGGAUCACAUAGACUACGAAGAUUGUCUCAGUGCUAGAGACAGAUUGAGAGAGUUGCAGCCUCAUUUGUCCGAGCGACUACGAGUCUCUGAAAACUUUGUAGCGCUUUGUGAGCUACAGAGAGACACUGUAGGGUUCGAUCACCUCACUUCACCACAUCGUCAGUUCCUGAGGCAAGGCUGUCUCAACAAGUUCUCUACCCGCAAGGGCUACCUGCAGCGCAUGUUCUUCUUGUUCUCGGACGUACUGCUGUACACCAACAGAGUAGGUCAUAUGUUCAGUGUUCACGGCCAGCUGCCUCUGCAUACUCUUGCUAUAGAGGAAAGAUGUGACACUCCUACAGCUAAUUCCUUCAUCAUCUAUGGCGGCAACAGAGUCCUGACUUUGGCGGCCAGUUCUGAAGAGGAGAAGGACAAAUGGUUGGAAGACCUGACGGAAGCUAUGGAUUACAGCAAGAAUCUUCCCAACGACGAGAAAAUAUCCUACCUCAGCCUUAAGUCCUGUAGUUCGUCAGACGACGUGAUGGACAAGUGCGGCACGGAGGACCACAGAGUGUCGCCACAACGUAGUAACACGACCGUGCACGUCUGCUGGCAUCGCAACACCAGUCUCAGUAUGGAAGACAUCCUGCGCGCCGCGCACAACACACUCAGCGGAUACCUGCUGCGCAAGUUCAAGAACAGCAACGGCUGGCAGAAACUCUGGGUCGUCUUCACCAACUUCUGUCUCUUCUUUUACAAAACGUUCCAGGAUGAUUGCCCAUUGGCCAGUCUUCCGUUGUUGGGCUACACGGUGUCGCCCCCUAGUGACAAAGACGCAAUACACAAAGACUUUGUGUUCAAACUACAGUUCAAGAAUCACGUCUACUUCUUCCGAGCGGAGAGUGAAUACACGUUUGGCCGAUGGAUGGAGGUGAUAAGUUCAGCCACUCAACAUGCUGGCCGCACUAGACUCUUCAGUCGUAAGGACAGUGCUUUAGAAGACUGAAACAUACGUCCGAUAUACAAAAUAUACUUAGAUAUCAAACUGUAAGAUCUGGUUCUGCGGUUCAUUCGAUUUUUAUCUGACAUGGGUAAAUUUUCAAGGCUGGUUCCCAAUGAAACGCAAGAAUGUUUAAAAAUUCCAGAUCAACAUAAAUUUGUCACCUUAAUGUACCUUGUAAACCCGAUUUAUAGCAGUUGUUUAAAAUAGUGGAAAUUUUUAUAGUUUUUUAAAAGUUUUUAUUGUAAUACAGACAAUAAUUUUUAAGUAGAUCUGUAAUGUUUGUAUCUUGUAUAGUUGCAUUUGGAAACCGUUAUUUACAAGUUGGAAAUGUGUUUAGUGCACUUAUAACUUUUUAUAACACUUUUUAUUGGUUUACGAGCAAGAAUUUUACUCAAUAAGCUCGUGCAUUUUUAUUUGUAGUUUUAUCUAGGAUUGUGUUUUAUAAAUUGAUUAUUUUAUAGAAAACAAAAAAUUUAAAUUUUUAUUUUAAAAGAGUGUAAUUACUUUGAAUUUACAAUUUUUUACAGUUGUUUUUUUAAUUUUAUAUUUUUACAAUGUAUAUACUGUACAAUGUACAAGUACUGUAUAGAUUUUUGUAUCUGGGUCAAAUAACUUUUUAACAAGUAACCACUUUAACGUUCUAACACAUCCCAACAAGUAAGAAAGACAUGUGAGACGAGACAUUCCUUAGUCACUUUGCACGUCCAAACACGUUCGAACACCUCACUCACAUCACCAUUGCCUUACCCAGUGGCUUUAAUCCAUUAGAAUAAGAGUUUUCAUAAUGUGUUAUAUUGUACAUUUAUAUGCGAAUUUUGGUAAGACUUCUUAUUGAAUUUAUGAGAGAUUUUAAAGUAUUAUUGCUGUUUUAGCACAAGUUUGUAAUUUAAAGAUUUUUCGAAGAAAGAAUAAUAUUAGUAACAAAUGAAUGUUAUGUUUAAUUAUGUAUAUAGAAAUUUAUAAUUUUUGUUGUGUUGUCUCUUAUGUUAUCUAUGAAUAAAUAACUUGUUUAGUUAA